AUGCUAAGAUGGUUCACUAUAUUACUCCUGUAUUCCAUACUUUGUGAAGCUUAUCACGAACAGUUUCUGAAACGACAAGGCCUCGGAACAUCUAGGAAACGUUACAAUGGCUACUUCACGGAAUCAGAUAUGGCGAGGUUCCUUUUGGUCUCAGAGUUGGAGGCUGUAAAAGGGAAUUAGGUAUCGAGAUAAAGUGAAAAACAUGUUCUACCAUGCCUACAAUGGGUAUCUGGCGCACGGCUAUCCGCUCGAUGAACUCAAGCCGAUCUCAUGCACGGGUUUGUCUCCUACUUGACUCAUUUUCUGGAUUUUCGGCGUUCAGGACAAGACACUUGGGGAUCUUUUUCACUUUCUCUGGUCGACGCUCUGGAUACGUUGCUGGUGAUGGGGAACACGACGGAAUUCAUGCGGGCCAUAGAUUUGGUCCUCAAAUCAGUUGGUCGCUCUGGAAAGUGCAAUUCCAUUCUUCUUUUUUCCAGGUGCGAGACGACGUCAACGUCAAUGUUUCUGUCUUCGAAACGAACAUUCGUGUCGUGGGUGGCCUAAUUUCCGCACAUAUGUUGGUUGGCAAGGUUCCAGGUAGGAAAAAUGGAGACUUUCUCGAAACAAAGCUAUUUUUAGGCCUCGAAGAAGAAAUGCCCGGCUGGCCUUGUGACGGCCCUUUGCUCAGACUAGCAGUCAAGAUGGCCGAUCGUCUUCUGCCGGCUUUCAACACAGGUUGAACCUUCUCGUUGAGAAUCCGCAAUAAGAAAAUGUCCAAGUUAAAAUCCGAUGCAAGCUUUUUUUUUGCUUCUUUCUACCUAAUAAUGCAAAACUUGCAAUAGGAAACAUGUCUUUUCUCUCAGGAGAGGUGAGUAUUUCAGUUCUCUGGAAUCUGACAAAACAGCUUUGAAACUUUGUUGAUAUCUCAUAAAGAGAAGAAUGCAUAAUUAUUAGUUUUUUUUUUUUCAAAAAGCGAGAAAUAAAUAUCCACUUUUUUGCAUAAUAGUGAAAUCAAGACAUCAGUUUUAAAAUCGAAAUAGAAAGAUUUUUCAAUGGGACUUUUAGAACUUUAUAUCCAAAACAUAAAGUAGGACUGACUACGCCGUUCACUCUCAGGCUUUCUGUGUUUUGUAAUCAGCCUGUUCAAGACACUGGAAUGCCCUACGGCACAGUUAAUUUGCGGUACGGUGUCCACAAGGACGAGACUCCAGUGACCUGCACAGCCGGCGUCGGAACCUUCAUCGUUGGUCCUUCGAUCCUCUCGAAGAAGUUUUGAACAACCAUUCGUUCAGAAUUCGGCGCUCUUUCACGUCUCACAGGCGACGACAAGUACGAACGCGUGGCUCUCAGAGCCUUGGACGCUCUCUGGUCGGUCAAGUCGCCGAUCGGCCUUGUCGGCAACCAUAUCAACGUUAUAAACAGUGUGCAACGGUGCUUCCAAUCCCAAUGUUCCCCGUUUUGAGGCCAGUGGACCGCGACGGACUCGGGAAUCGGAGCCGGCGUCGACAGCUACUUCGAGUACCUGGUCAAAGGAGCUCUCCUCUUCCACCGGCCGUCUCUCAUGAAACAGUUCGACGGUUUCUAGUCGUAGAAAACUCUUCCAAAUGCGCGCUGUUUUAAGACUUUCUCUUGUCAAUCAACAAGCAUGUUCGUAAAGGCAACUGGUUCAUGUGGGUGUCGAUGACCAAGGGAACUGUCUCCAUGCCUAUUUUCCAAUCCCUCGAGGCUUUCUGGCCAGGACUUCUGGUGAACCUUGUGAUGAUUCUUCCGAAACCCCUUUUUCCAGACCCUAGCGGGUCAAGUUGAAGAUGCGCAGCGAAUAAUGCUUCAGUACGCUAAAGUGAUCCGACAGUACGGAUUCCCUCCUGAGUUCUAUCAUAUUCACAACGCUGAACCCGUGAGUUUUGCGAGGAUAGUUAUCUGGAAGUUAUCUGAUACUUGAGGUCGAGAAAAGGGAAGCCUAUCCAUUGCGUCCGGAGAUGGCCGAGUCGCUCAUGUACUUGUACAGGACAACCGGCGACUCCAAAUGGCUGGAACUCGGCGCCGAAAUGAUCGACGUGAGAGAUUCUUUCCUCAGUUGAAGAAAAAAAUAGUAAGAUCUAAGAAAAAGAUUUAUAUUUUUUUGCUAAUUUUUAUAACAAAACGAAUUGAAAAGAAGAAUCCAAAAUGAAACCGUACACUGCGUUCAAUAAGGAUAGGACCCCCCUCGAUUUCGGACCUUCUGGCAAAAUACGGAAAGAUAUCAAAAAUCUGUAAAUGCCAUUCGAUUCAGAGUACAAAACAACCCCCAGAGCCAAACUUUCAUUAUCCUAGCACUUUUCCUACGAAAAUGCCAUCGAAAAAACGGUUUUUCGACCGUUCAAUAAGGAUAGGACCACCUGGAAAUUUUGACUUCCAUUGGUGGUUUUUGGUCAAUUUCUUUUUUCGAUGAGUGGUUUUUUUGUCCUCAUAUUAUUUGUUUUCAAUUUUUCUACGGUUUUGUUUUCAUAUCUUCCAGGUUUUAAAACAUAUUUUUAUAUCGAAAAAUAGGGAAAAAAAUGACGUUUUUUUUAGGUUGCAUCAUAAUAUUCGAGCGAAUGAAUUUUUUUCAGUACUUUGAAUGAACUUAUCUUAUCAAAAGAGACAUUUUAACAUUUGGAAAAAAACAAAAAGAAGUUCGAAAAAAACAUUUUUUUAAAAAGUUAGAAAACCAGUUACAAGAUGGUGUAUCGUAACCAAAUUUCAGGCUGUCGUCGUUUUCGACCGUUUCUCUUUCUGUAUGUAGUCGGAAUGGCGAUGUACUUUUUUUAAAGGAUUUGUGAAGGUACUAUCAACAUAUUUCAUCAACAAGAUAAUCUAAAAAAAUUAUAUUUACCACGUACAAUGCCGAGAAAAUGUGGAGAGAAAUUGGUACCCGCGCUUAUCGAAGGUAUUGUUUCAAAUAGAGCGUUUGGCGGGUUUUUUUAGUUUUGUCAACAAAAUAAAAGCAUUACUGAAAAACGUGCAAUAAAAACAAUUUUGAUUAGAAAUAAAAACUUUUUUUAUAUGAUUUAUUUAUACAGUACCGCAAAAAGUUCGAGUAGCAGUCGGAAGGGUGUUUAUUCUUUUGAUUUCCGAGGAUCGCCAAUUUUUAUCCAAUCCAACUAAGUGUCUUUUUGUGAUGGGAGCACCUUCACAAAUCCUUUAAAAAAAGUACAUCGCUAUUCCGACUACAUACGGAAAGAUAAACGGUCGAAAACGAAGACAGUCUGAAAUUCGGUCACGAUACACCAUCUUGUAACUGGUUUUCUAAGUUUUAAAAGAAUGUUUUUUUCGAAACUUCUUUUUGUCUUUUUCAAAUGUUAAAAUGUCUCUUUUGAUAAGGUAAGUUCAUUCAAAGUACUGGAAAAAAAUUCAUUCGCUCGAUUAUUAUGAUGCAACCUAAAAAAACGUCAUUUUUCCCUAUUUUCGAUAUAAAAUAUGUUUUAAACCUGGAAGAUAUGAAAACAAAACCGUAGAAAAAUUGAAAACAAAUAAUAUGAGAACAAAAAAACCACUCAUCGAAAAAAGAAAUUGACCAAAAACCACCAAUGGAAGUCAAAAUUUCCAGGUGGUCCUAUCCUUAUUGAACGGUCGAAAAACCGUUUUUUCGAUGGCAUUUUCGUAGGAAAAGUGCUAGGAUAAUGAAAGUUUGGCUCUGGGGGUUGUUUUGUACUCUGAAUCGAAUGGCACUUACAGAUUUUCGAUAUCUUUACCGUAUUUUGCCAGAAGGUCCGAAAUCGAGGGGGGUCCUAUCCUUAUUGAACGCAGUGUAUAACAAAAGAGAAAAAAGUUGAUGAAUGGUGCUACGAAGGUUUAUUUUUUUGAAUUUUUUUAGAAGCUUUUUCAAAUAUUUUUUUAAAAAAAUAUUGUUUAAGUUGGUCAAGUAAUAAAAAUUUUUCAUCGCUUUGAAAGUUUUUUUAAAAAAAUCAUUUCCCGCAUAAACCUAUUUGAACUCUAGGGGAAUUUCUUUUUCAAUUUUUUUCCAUGAAAAACUAAAAAAAUCGAAAAAUUUUUCCUCCAAUUAUUAGAAUAUUCCGAACAGAACUUUUUGCAUUUCUCGGAUUUCAGGCCAUCGAAACGUCGGCAAAGACCAAGUGCGGCUAUGCGACCAUCAACAAUGUGAAGGACCAUUCCAUAGAGGACAGGUGGGUUUUUCUGUUAAUAAAGAAUGUUUCAUCCGAUUAAAACAAACUCUUAGUUCUUUUUUAAUCUGAGAAAAAAACGUUUUCUAAACCAUUUUUGUCCGCAGUUUAGAAGGAAUAGAAUAAAAAUGUCAGUCGUUUCAAAUUCUUGAAAUGGGAAAAGAAACUGGGCACAUGAUUGCAGGAUGGAGUCAUUCUUCCUGGCCGAAACGACGAAAUAUCUCUACCUGCUUUUCGACCCAGACAAUUUCAUCCACAGCGACGGAAAAAAUGCCAGAGUUCUCACCACCAAAGACAACAUAACAUGUUCCAUUUAUUGUGAGCUUUCUAAUUUUUUUUUUUCUUUCUUCGCGAAUUGCGUCGUUAGAGGCGACUGCUGGGAUUCAGUUUUUGAUAUUUGAUAUGACGGGGCCGCAACGCGCCCUGGGGUGCCCCGACCCGCGAAACGGCCACAUUGCCAGAAGAACCAUUUUAUCUUUUCAUCCACUUUCUACAUGUUGAGUCAUUCUCAACUUUGCGCUUUGAGUCGACCCGGGGCACCCUGUCGGCAGCCUUGCUGUGAUAAAAUGGGAAAUUAUCUGACCUUUUCCAGCCGGUGGCUACAUUUUCAACACAGAAGCGCAUCCGAUCGACCCCGGAAUGCUGCGAUGUUGUUCCUCGACGUCGAAGAAGCAAAGAAAAACGGUCAGGUGAGAAAUUCGACUGAAGUCUUGCAUCAAUCGUUUUUUCUUUUCCUUCAGAAAUUGGGAAGACGGCGUCGAUUUUCUCAAUAUAAUCAGGAACCAGAAAAUGGGUACUGGUCAUGUUAUAAAGAAGGUUUUUUCGAGUCAAGUAAAUAGGGAGAAAUCAAAAAAAGCAUCUAGGAAGACGUAGAGGAAGAUUUGAGAAACGAGAAGAAUCGGCCUGGAAAAGGAGGAGAAGAGUAUUUCACGAAACAAUAUGGCCAUUCAGGAUUGGAAUUUGAGAUAGAUGAAUCUCUCAAAAAAGGUUUUUCUUGUCAUUUUCAUGCAUGUUACUCCAGUUCUCAGAGUCUAAAACUUCAAAAAUGAAGAACGAAACUAGGGAACAGGAAAUCAGUUUGGAGAUGGUAGGUCCUCAACGCGUUGUUUUCGUUUUAGGAAGGAUGGUUUUCAGAUCCGCGAACUUUUGAUCAGGGCGCGAGUGAAAGACGAGGAGAAGCGGGAACGCGGAGCCAAGGCUGAAGGAACUCAAAAGCUCCUCACUCAACUCAAGAGCAUGCACAAGGAACUGACGGUAGUUGGACAAAAUUCACAAUGAUGAUUUUCCCGAUUUAUCUCUCAGGAAGUAGUUCUUCGAGCGGACUACGAGGCCGAGCAGUUCAUCGCAAAAGAAAAGCGAUUUUUGGAACUCAGCACUUUGGUGGCCGCGAUUCCGGCUCCGGAAGCAGUCUGCUCCGUAUCUUUUUUUCAUUCAAUUCUUCCAAAAAAUAAGAAUAAAACCACAAGAGAAGCCAUUUUAUUCUAAAUUUCGAAACUUUUCUCCUAACUUUUGUUACCCCCAGAUGAAAAUUUUCAAGUUUUUAAUUAUUGGCUUGUUCUAGAAAAAUUUCAAUGUCGAGUUCGUUCAGGUCAAAUUUUUUUGAGCUCAAUAAUAAUAUAUUUAUCAACGGGAGUUUCUUCAUUUUUUUUAAUCUUUCCAUUCAAUUUUACUAAGUUUUUUUUACCAGUUUUUAUACUCACUAGGGAACGUUUUUACCCUAACUCGGAAACCAGAAAUUUUUUCUUGUUUUGCAAUCAGGAGGUCCUAGAGUACACCUCAGCGAAGUUUCAUCAAAAGUUCAACUGGAGUGUAAAAAACAUUCUUUAGUCAAUAUUUUACAAUUUUAUUUUGUUAUAACUAAUACAGUAGAAACGCUUGCGAGUCAAUUCGUUCACAAAUCAGCUUCCAGAGCUGCUCUUUCCCGAUGAACGAGAAGGUGGACGAUGUCUGUCUUCGACUCUUUUUGGGGGCCAUUCACGAGUUUCACCUUUAUCCACAAGCAAAUGUACCUAUUAUCGACUUUGGAAUCCCCGAAAAAAAAACUCGGAUUCAGAUUAAAUUUGUGAAGGGUCCGGUGUGUUGGAAGGAAGAAGAACCUCGCAUCGAAGACAAUUACAAAAAUGAGCCGCCAGGUAAAUCUUCGCCUUUGAAAAAAAAAACUUAGAGAUACGCGGUAUCGGAAAUAUUUGGUUUUUAAGUGGGAAACAUAAUCUUGAUUUUGAUUGAUAACCUAUUAACUUCGACGCACGAUGCAUAUAUGAAGAAGCUAAAAAUGGAAAAGCUAUCUACUUUCCAUGAUAUUAAUAUGUUCAAAACAAUAAUUUAUUUUGUUUUUUUUAGUCGUAGAUGUGAUUUACUAGGCGGCGAGUAAGAACUUUUUGAGCCAUAUCGAACAGCCGUCUUUGGCGAAGUUCAAAACAAAAUUUGAAAAGCAGAAAAAAAUAUAUAUGAUCGAGUAUAUUUUGAAUGGCGCAGAGCUGGACAAGCGCGAUUUGGAGGAAGACUUGGAUUUUUUGUCCUUCGAUCCUGUCGACAUCAAACAUCUGGGUUAUGCUCGUCUUCGCGCUCCCGGCCGAGGGAGGUUCUAUUCGCAGUUUACGGGUGGUGGACAGGUACCUCUUUAUCGGGAUAUGUAG